AUGCUAGGGUUGGCAAAGAGGAUCGGAGCACGCUUCUUGCUAACAAGCACCAGUGAGGUAUACGGUGAUCCUCUUCAACAUCCUCAAGUCGAAACCUACUGGGGCAACGUCAAUCCUAUCGGUGUUCGAAGCUGCUACGAUGAAGGGAAACGUACUGCAGAAACGUUGACCAUGGACUACCAUAGAGGUGCAGGCGUCGAGGUACGGAUUGCGAGGAUAUUCAAUACAUAUGGUCCUCGGAUGUGCAUUGACGAUGGACGUGUCGUUAGUAACUUUGUUUCUCAGGCGCUAAGGAAAGAACCACUCACUGUUUACGGAGAUGGCAAGCAAACAAGAAGUUUCCAAUAUGUUUCCGAUUUGGUGGUCCAGGAGACAAUAGACUCGGAAGCGAAAAUAGAGUUCAGGCCAAACACGGAAGAUGAUCCACACAAAAGAAAGCCAGAUAUUACUAAAGCUAAAGAGCUUUUGGGAUGGAAGCCUAAGGUCUCUCUUCGCAAGGGUCUCCCUAUGAUGGUUUCUGACUUCAGGCAACGCAUUUUUGGUGAUCAAAAGCUGAAGGAACCUGCAACCACCACCACCACCACAGCAUAGCCAAGCCAGCCGGGCUGGGUUUUUGUAUAACUGUUUAUUCCUAAUAUUGUAUACUAGUUUUAU